AUGCGGUGGCAGACGCGGUUACCGGCAGACAUCGCGCACACCCUGUCGCCGCCCCUCUCCAUUGUUGUCGUUGGUCAAAAACCUGGUCAUUUGCUGUGUGCACCAGGGAGUGUGGAGUGGAGCACCAAGGUACGAGCUCGACCGUGCCAUCCACCUGCGCCCUCGCCCGCCUCCGGUCUCCUUGACUCUGUCUUGACACCGCGGGUAGGUGGGGGAGGAGAGAGUGCGGUAGAUGCUGCGCAAGUCCACUAUCACCUUAAACUAAUUCACGCGCAAGUCGCCGUCCUUGUUCCACCUUGCUGUGGAGCACACGGUGGACAGCGUCGGCAAAGACGGUCAAACUGUCAGGUGCUAACUGGACCCGAUAGUUAUCCCGGCUGUAAAGACAGUGCCUAAUUGCCGCACUCGGCGUUACUUGCAAUUGCGGAGAAGCUACUUCCGCAGAUGUUCACUUAAACCCCUCCCCACGUCAACAAAUGUUAAGAGAAAACUCUGUUGUAGAGGUGGGUAGCUGUUGAGAGUGUAGGUUUAUUGCCCUGCGCUCUCGGUAAUGUAAAUUCUCUCGUAAAUGCGUGUUCCGUAUGAAAAAAAUUUAUUAUCAUAUUGCAGUGGUGUGCACUAAAUGUGUUCGUUUGCAGCUCUGAAGUGCUGGAGAAAAAAACCAACAAACGCCUUGUGCGAGUAAACUUUGCUGAAACACCACGAGGGUUGUCAUGCCUUGGUGGAAAGGGUGCACUGCCUAGUGAUGGAAUCCGCAUUUUUUCAUUGCUUAUUUUGCAAACUACACCAGUCUAAGGACUAGCCUGCAUAUAUUCCUGGUCUGCGAGGGCUUUAGCUUGAGCCCCGAGGCUCAAACGGGCGACGAAAGCUCCUCCUGUAAAAAGGGCUUAUCAGAUAGACCAUUGCUAACAGGGCAACUCCCACAGGCAGAAAUCACGCCAGAGCAUGUGGUCGGUUCCCCUACCUACUGUAUAUGGGGAUAUGACUGUUUACUUGAAAUUACACAAUUCCUCCUGGUGAGAACGAUUCCGCGGACACACGCACACACAUUUCCCCGAUGUUUCCGUACCCACCUCUCUUCUUGAUGUAAGCUUUAUCCGUUAAUAGCGAUUGCCGUUUCUUGGCAGUGUUGAUACAAGGACUUCAUCAAAAGUAGAACAAGAAUUCUAAACGGCCAAACAAUGCAAUCGCAUAAAUGGCACUCUUCGAUAUAGGCUAAGACGGUUGAACGAACAUGCGAACCUACAGCAUAUUUAAAAAACAAGAAUUUUCUGGUCGGGCCUCUAGACCGAGCUACCUUUUAAGGUCUCUUAACCUUGCCUGAGCCUCGGAAGCAAUGGGUAAAAAAUCAUCAGGACACUCGAAUGUCAAGUGCCUGGGUUUAACUGUAACAUUUUUACUUGCUGGUUUAGAGCAUACAAUCUUAGUUGGAAUACUUAAUGCAGUCAGACAAAAGUUAAUGCUGAAAUUUGGCAGCUGAAUUGAGCUCUAAACGACAUACUUUUGACCCGGAGCUACAAGGUAAGUGAACUUUUAUCCAAGAACGUGCCUGAAGCACGUUUUUAGGUUGCGUCUGUCAAUAAAAAGAUGAAACCCUUCAGCCUACGUCAGAUUAAGUGAUCCCAUGAAAUGGGGCUUGUUUAUUGAUUUCGUGAACUCUGCCUAAACUAGACCGCACCCUAGUCAGACACUUGUAUUUGUUCAAAGCGGCCAGCAAGCUAUGCUUAAUCUGAAACCGCCACACCCAUUGGAGGAAAAAACUGCUCAUGCUGCCCCAGCUGGAUUUGUUUUCUGUUCUUAGUUCAUUUCUGGAUGUUGUUUGAAGUGAAAAAUAGUGCUGCCGACCAUUUCCCAUUCUCAUUCAGCGGUUAUUUUUGGAUUUUAAUCGAUAAAAACUACCCAAUUAUUUACUCAGAAAAUGAGAUGACUAAAGGCUGGAUAACAUAAAAUACAAAAUUGAUCAUUGCUAGCAAAAAUCAAUCUGCUUCCGAAUUUCACUUGUUGGUGUCUUAUUGCAACCUACAGAUGACUUGAUAAUCGCACUUGACGUACAACUACUCACCUCCAUCGAACACUAACUCCAAUGGAUCCCGUUUAAGUUGAUUUCUACUAAAUGAUUACGACUCACAUCAAGAUCACUACUUUCCUGCUUCUGCUCAUUUCGGUCAGAAAAGCAGUCAGAUGUCACGUCUGCUGUUGGUGCUCUCCUUGUGUUGUUUCCUCGCAGGCGCCCUGAACAAGACUGAAAGCCCAGAAUCUCAACGGCAAUAUGAGCUGAACGAGAUUAAACACGCUGUCACAGUGCUGCUGGACUUUGCUGAGACCCUAUUGGAGAAACCACCGGAGGAGCGGAUGGAAACACUCACCAACGUCACUAGGUUCCUUCUGACGCAGCGUCCUGACGACUUCUUCUGA